UUCUUAGCAACGGAAGCUGUGUGUUUGGCUUCUGCCGUUGACUUCCCCAACACACCUCCAUGCUAACGCUGGCUACGGCUUUCUUUCAGCGCAAUAAUGCCGAAUUGUUGCGUGACCGGCUGUCAGAACCGCUAUUACCCCGGUUCCACCAUAAGGUUCUACAGAGUUCCCAGCGGGAACCGGCAGUUCCAGGUCCAGAGGAGGCGUUUAUGGAUGGAGGCGAUCCAACAAGCCAACGGGAGCCGCAGUGAAAUCCGUGCAGACGCUCGCAUUUGUGGCGUUCAUUUCAUCUCAGGAGAGGCUUCCACGGACCCAGACAGGCCUAAUUUUGUCCCCACGUUGUUUACAUGCAGUAAACUACGCCAGGGUCCAACUAGAAGGGCAAAAUGGACUUCUUCUGCCUGUCGAAGAAGUCAAAGACAGAAAGCGAAUGUGGAGACCAAAGACAUAUCAGCAAGGGGAGACGAUAAAGAGAAUGAAGACACGACUACUGUGAGAGACGAUGAAGAGACCGAAGACACAACUACUGUGAGAGACGAUGAAGAUGCUAAAGACACGACUAAUCUAACAGACGAAGAUGCUAAAGACAUGACUACUGUGAGAGACGAUGAAGAGACUGAAGACAUGACUACUUUGACAGAAAAUGAAGACAUAACUACCCUGAGAGACGAUGAAGAGACAGAAAAACCACCAACCCAACCUGCAGCUGAGUCUUUAAUGGACCACCAGUCCUCUGCUUUGAUUGAAACUGCAGAUGAAUUUUUACUGGAAAUGCAAACUUUGCCAAUGUCAAAGGAGGAAGAAACAGAAGAUGAGAAGAUCCAUGAUAAAGACCCAGAAGUGACCGAAUGUGAAGCUGAACCUGAAACGAUGGAGACAGAAAACAAAUCCAGCCCAAGUCCAUCACCACAGAAACCACCAGGAAAAAAAAUAGAUAAAAUGAAUCCUGUUGUGCUCCUAAAGCCUUUAGUUUUACCACAAGGUGCUUAUCACGUUGACCUGAGCGCCUGUACCACGGUGUCGUCCAAAGAGCAGCGUGAAGACACGAGUCAGGGAGGAUUAACGGAGUCGAGCGCCAGCAGGGAUCAGCCGUCCUUUCCUUGUAACCUGUGCGAUCGAACCUUCACUACAAGCCACUACCUGAAGCGCCACAAACUGCUUCACGUUCGAGACGUGAGGAAGUGCCUCAGGUGUGGCGCGCUCUUCUGCCGCCGCCACAACCACGUUUUGUUCCAGACGCGGACCGAGCCUCUACCCGAGUCUGAGGAGAGUUCCUCCAGCAGCGAGGACGAACCUCUGGACGCAGAGCGGGAGAAAACAAGCAAAGUAACAGGAAAGGCUGACCACGCUUUGAGCGUUGAGACUGACACACCUGCAGACAGUCCUUCUCCCAGUAACACACCGUUACUGAAGACUUCCAACCAGACGGAUGUCGGAAAACCUCUCCUGGUGUCGGUGAAACCUGCUGCUGUUCCCUCUCCACCCUCUCCGAUCACCAGGUUCCCCAGCAACCCAGGAACCGUGUUUCAGAUUAAACCGCUCCUGUCGGACAUCUCUCCCGCUUUGAUACGACCAAAUCUUCCUCAACAACCCCAACUCCCACCUUCCCUGAAGAUCUUUUCCACUCAGCACCUCACCUCGGCCUUGCUCGAUGUUCAGAGAAACUACGAAUACAUUUUAAGCAAGCCUAAAAAAGUCGAGGUGAAAGUCAAGGAGGAACCAGGAGAGCCGGUUCAAAUUUGCCCAGUUAAGGAGCCAGUAAAGCAGGUCAAAUUGGAGAAAAUCGCUUAUGACCUGGAGAUGGUAAUUUGACUUAAAGCUGCUAACCUGACUUCAGUCAAACUCACUUGAGAUAAAAUGUGUCGCCUAUAGAACAGUGUGCAACAGUCUAAUCCAGAUUUUAUUGUAAAUCUCUACGUAAGACAAUAUCUUCUCUUCUCAAACAUGGCUCCCACACUAACCCUAACCCAAGGCCUUUGAUGACAUCACAUAAGGUAACCAAUCAGAGUAAACAUCCUAAAUAUUCAGAUAUUUUCAGUCAAAUUCCACUGUUGAUGUGGCAGCAUGUCUCAGAAAUGGAGGAAACAUUGAUGCUAAGCUUUCAUGAAAAGCUUUUUUUACUCUUAUUUUUCAUAAUCUGGAAUCAUGGAAUUUUUCUCCUAAAUCAUAAACUUAAACCAUUUUCAAUAUAAAUGUAAGUCAAAUGCUUCUCAUAGUCAUUCAUCCAGAUUAAAUCUUAUUAAUUUCAGCUGAUCAGACAGAUUUCGGUGCCUCUCAUGAUGUCAUCAAGACAAACAACAGAAUUAUGAGGUAUUUUUUGCUUUCUAAAACAGUAUUUUUUGUGAAAUAAUACAGCGGAAAUCCAUGUCAUUACCAAAUCAUGUUUUUAUUUUAGAUAUAAGUGUGUUAGAAAAAUAGGAGGGAAAACCUACUCACUCCCAGGUAAUCAUGAUUGAUUUGUCUACUGUAACUAAAGUGUAAAACUGCGACCAAUUUUCACUAUUAUUUAUUAGAGGACUGCUGCUCUAAUAAUUAUAUUUUUCAUGUUUUUGGGUGUUGGAUUAAUCAAAUACAAUUUUUAGCUAUUGAUCUAUAUGACGUUAUAUCACUACUGUUGGAUUUUAAAUGACACCUUUACAUGUAAUUAUUAAGUCGGCAUUCAGGCUGCAGCUUAUUUUAUAUUUUUUGGUUUUUUGUAUCCAAUCUUUUUUUGCACAGAACUAGCAUUAGCAGUGUUUCACAUUCCGCAUUAUUUUUCUUUUCAUUUCAGUUCUCUUAUCUACCUCAGCCAGCUCUAAAAGCAAAUAAAACUUAUUUUGUAUUACAGAUGAAUGCUGCUUUUGGACACAAUGUAUGUAUGUUUAAAUACUCCAGUAUUUCUGAUAUAAAAGUAUUAGAUUUUUGUGUAGUGCUGUGUGCAAACUAAAGAAAAGUGGCAACACUGAUUCCUGAUUUUCUUCCCAGAAAAUGCCUGUCAGAUUGUAAGAUAUGAACUAGUUUUGCAGCUGCUUUGUUUACUGAAUAAACAAAGAUUUGUGUCACA